AAUACUUGCAACGAACAGUGGAUAAUUGCACAUUGAUCGUACCUGGCUACCUCCGAAUAUUUCUUGUCGUCGUCCCGGAUUCGAAUUGGAUCGAUAGGCUAAUUAGGGAAGGCGGUUACUGGCCUGGGAAACAGCAAACAAAGUGAACCCACCACGAGACCAGCUCCACUUCACAGCUUGCGACGAACUUCAUCAACCAGAGCGCAGUAUGUGCUAGCACAUCCAGCUUAUCUCUCGGUCAUCUAAGUCAUUGCAUUCUCAUCGAUUCGACUCACGCAAUUACUGGCAGGCUGCCUCUGGAGCCUCGAGGACCGUCUGAGGCGGCCAUUCAUCUCACUGGAGCUCUCAUUCGGCUCCGGCGCAUACCUCCCUACCGUCGGCUCUCUGAGCAACUCUACAUCAGUCCAGAAUGUCGGACCUAGUAGAAUACUCGGUAGUCAACGUGUGUCGAAGCGACGGCCAGGACAAUGGGGUGGGGUACUGGCCAACCCCUGCCGACACGGCUGCGAAGAACGCGAAGAAGACUGCAUUGGAGAAGGUACCGAGAGCGAAACCUCAAAUGAUGCGGUUAGACAAAGAUGACGCAAGAUUUCAAGAAUGGCGCAUAAAGUUGGGGAUCUUGUUGAAGCAAGAGCUCUCUCCCACAGAGGGCCUCCCCUGGCUCAUGCAUUUUCCACGGGGCUACUGGUUGUACGAAAAAUCCAAGCAUCUUUGGGUUUCGGGACAUCCAGUCAAGUCGAAGCUGUACAAGAGCCCGCAAGAAUUUGGUCUUCAUGUCCUGUGGCUCUUGUCCGGCUCAAUGGACCGAACUGACUGCCGUUGCAUUCACUGCAACGUUCGCGAAAUGCCAAACAUGGAGGACUUGACGGUAUCGGAUAUCCCGAGACCUCUGCCAGCAGCGAAUAACACUCAGCCUCCGUCUAAGAUGCGCAAGAUCACGCCUCAAAUCCCCCCAGGCGCCGCGGCGUCCCCGAUACCCGUCCCCGCGGCAGCGGCAACGCCUCCUAUCGCGAAGAAGGAGACACCUGUGCCAGUGCCCACUCCAAUGGUGAAGAAGGAGACUCCAGUCCCGAUACCGACGAUACCCUCACGCGCGGUGCCGGCGCCCGCCCCUGUGCAAGCCCCAAUUCAGAUACAGCCUACUAUACAGCAGCAGCAACAGCAGCAACAGCAGCAGCAGCAGCACACUCCUCAGCCGAACCAGGCAACUCCUGUUCAUCCGCAAGCUCAAGCCCCAUCACAGGUUCCCAUUCAGUCUCAAGUCCAGCAACCAGUCCAGCAGCCGAUCCAACAGCAAAUCCCGCAGCAACCUGCUCCAGCACCGGCCCAGGCUCAACAGCAGGUUCAACCCCAAGUACAAGCGCCGGCACAACCAGUCUAUCAGCAGCCGCAGUUCCUACCUUACCCUCAGCCUUACGGCGGAAUUGUAGCCCCAGCUCUGUUCCGCGUCGGAGAACUGGUUUGGUUCCAGAUAUCGUCGGGUUGGCGUCUGGGUAUCGUGGCUGCUACAAACAUUGUCAACCCUAAUACCAAUAAAGCCGAGCUUCAAAUUCUCCCAAUGUCUCACGUCAACUUCAACCAGUCGCCAAUCCACACGCUGGAAUCGACAACGCGCCCGUUCCUUGCAUUUUCGGUGCCCAACGUCAGCAUUUCAGAGCUGCAAAAUAAGGCCUACGACGAGGUCAACUGGGACGCCUUCUUCCAGACAAUCACUCCGGAAGACACGCAUCGUCGUGAGGUUGCGCUGCUCGACUCUUCAAAGAUGGCCGCCCAGAAGGUGGGUGUGUCAUUCUCCGUAUUCAGCCGCCUUUCCGAGACAAACGGGGGCAAGAAGAUUGACUACCACGGUAUCUUCCUGGGCGCCGAGCGGAUCGAACUUGGCGAUGUCCUCCGCGUGCGUCUUUCUGCCGAUCAAGGCGUGCCUCCCGCGGCGGCGAAUCUCCCCGAUGCACUACUCGGCCUCCGUGAGAUUUGCACCGCGCCUAUCGAUUCACCUGGUAACGCAUUCUUUAAGGGAGAUAUUUACCAGCCCAUCACCGGCGACACACAGCCCGUGGGUGGCAUCCCCGUACCGGAUGACAAACUCCCGCGCCCGCUGCGCGACGAGAUUGCGUUCCGCAAUAAGUUUGCCGCGAGCGAUCGCUGGCGCUGCGUGCUGCUCAAACAGAACGCCGUCCUCCGCGAGCCGGACCUCAAGGGCCGAUUCUACCCCACGCACAAGCUCCUGCCCCUGCUCGAUGGCCAAGCUAAGGUCCUUGCUGAGGUGCAGAAAGGCAUUGUGCGUGACGUGCAGCAGCGACUGAACCAGCGCAUCGACACGUUCAAGACGGCGUACAUUGGUCAGAAGCGGACCCGCGUCGAGACCAUCGGCCCUGCCCUGCCUCCGGGCAGCGUGAUCCAGUUUGAGCAAUCCGUGCGUGAGGAUGGUGCCUAGGCGGGACGCCUACGACGCCGUUAAGGAGAGAAGUGUCUCAUUGGUGACGAAGGAGUAUGAGACCGUACUUGUUAGGAUAGACAGGCAUCAGACAGAGCCCUGUAUAGAAUAGGAAUACUACAUAGACGCCGCCGUUGG